AAAUUGCCUUCAACAUGUACGUAAAGUAAUCAAAGUAGACAUGACAAAUCAUUUUAAAAUUUAUUCAAAAUUUGGUUGAAAUUAUAAAACAACGUGCCAAAAUUAUAAUAAAAUGCCCUGCAAAUUAAUCGGUCGAUGUGGUAUUCUAACGGGGAUUGGCAUGUGCGUGAAGCCAGAAGAGAAUGUAGUCCGUGCAGACCCCGAAAAUCUCGGCUGCAGCUCUGUUCCGCUUUCAGAGGAGAGCCAGUUCAGUUUCGUGGCUGCGGACAAUUGCAGCUUAGCCCUCCAGCGGGGAUUCUACUUUUCCCUUCGCAUGCCCGACUGGGCAAAGGAGUUUAAGGCACAGACCCAGAAGAUUCUGGCCCAUGGAUUCGAGCCACUAAAGGCAAACUCGAAAAGCAAAGACUCAAAGCAGUCGAUGGACAAUCGGUCUGAUCGUUAUGGCAUCAUCUUUUCGGAGAGCACUAGUGCCAAUUUCUUUGGAGAUAUUCCGCGAGAGAUGCAAGUUCCUCAAAGAACGAACUCCCAGCGUCCAGUGCGAUCGCCCAAAAUCAAGGACGACUUAACGUGCGGCAAAAGGGUGUCACCCUAG